AUUCAGUCCCGUGAUUUUGUACGCGAAUGUUGUACAGCUUUUCGUUUUGUUUCCCCGGUUAGGCGGCUAAUCUCACCAUACAAUCAAUCUGGCCAGGACAAACAACUAUUCAAAAAAAGAAACCAAAUAAUGCAUCUUUAGUUUGUUUGUCUAGUUGAAGUGCGAAACGGAAAGAUUUGGUGAAUUUAAAUUUUCGAAACAGUGUUUGGACUCAAAAGUGAUGAUUUGGUUGAUUUUGGAGAAGAUAAAUAAAUUUUGAAGAAAAAUUUACGAAAUUUGUGUAGCUUCAGUGAUUUGUUUUUUAAGAAAAAUAAACUAAGAAACCCAAAGUAAGGAUGUGUUGGAGAAUGCAGUUAAUAGUCAUAAGCUAAAUUAAACAUAAGAUAUCACCUAUAAAUUUAUUAGAAUAUUACCGAAUUUUUGGCGAUGUUCAGUCGCCACUAACUGCAUUAUCCAAUAAUACAAUGAACACAAUUUUGUAAGCAGCACGCGGAAAUUAUGUUUGGAAACAACACAGUGGAAAUGUGACAAAUUUGGCAUUGAAAAACAACAAAAUGUGUGUUUUAAAAUAGUGCAAUAAAAUUAGUCUCAAAGGUUCCUACCGUUGAAUAUCUUCAGUAGCAUCAACAACCCCGUGCUGUUGAAGGAGUUCGAAAGGAACAACAUCAAAAAUCGUAACCUUCAAAUACCGUACUCAACCAUGAACCAUCCCCCGAAUUCACCGGGUCCGUCCUGAGCAACCUUCUCCGUCGCAACGCGAUGCUCUUCGAAGCGGUUCAGUGCGGGGAUCUCCCCAGGGUGGCCACUCUGUUGGACGGCGGCGUUGACGUAAACGGUCGCGAUGACAAAUUCUUCAACACGGCCCUGCACCGGGCGGUCUUCGCCAAGGAGAAUCGUCUUGAGCUGGUCGACCUGUUGGUGGGCAGAGGAGCGGACUGCAACGCGCUGAACAAAAAGUAUCUGACCGCUUCGGAGCUGGCGCUGGAGACCAAGCAGGAUGAACUCGCUAAACGGAUGAUCCUGCGGGAAACCGAACACCUCGCGAAUCAUUUGGCGUACUAUCUGCUGAUACGUCGGGGGAAUUUGCAGCUGUUCGAGUACCUGAUUUCGAUCAAACGGCUCAAGUACGAGGACGAGAUUCUGAUCAUUGCCAAGGCGUACGCCGAGCUGCGACUCAAGAAUGUCCCGCUCAAAGAGCACAUGGAGGCCUACCUGAACGAGAUCCUAAUCAACCACGACUACUGGCUGAUAAACAGUGGCGGUGGAGGUCGUGGGAGACAACGCAAGGAUCGAGUUCAGAACGUGCACCGGAUUCGGGAGAUUAUCGAGAAUGUCCGAGAGCUGUUCGCCAAGUACGACAACCACAACCUGAUGGAUGUGGACAGCAUCUUUCUGCUUCGGUUGUCGUACAUCUUGGAGAAUAUUUUCUUCAUACGGAAUCACUACAAGGAGUUGCCGCUGCAUCAUGUCGAGUUUUGUAUCGGAAUCUUUUUGCACAUCUGGAAAAAUCCCCCCCAUUAUGACACGUAUAAAAUGCUGAUUGACAAACGCCAGUUGCUGACAUACCUGGAAGCAGUCGCCAACGAGUUGAAGAAAAUAGUCGUUCUACCGUGCUACAAUUUGACGCCAUCACCAAGUCCUCCACCGUCCUUGUACUUCCCGUCAUCCCCAACUCUAUCCUCGAACCGUUUUCGGUGGUCUCUAGAACUAAACCGUGACCUCAUGUUCUGCUAUUACGUCGUUACCGGAGGUGGUCAGAACACCAUCGGCUACCGUAGUCGUCUACAGGACCUCUGGUGUACACGUCAAACCUCGUACGGACACCUCACCGAACAGAACCUACUGAGUCAACUGCGACGGAUUCAACGGGAUCACCUGCUGCCGGAAGAUGUCCUGCGAAAGGUGCGCACCGAGGCUAGCGAGUACGAGUUCGACUAUCACUGUUCCAGGUCAAGGCCACUGAAGAUCUCCGACAAGAAUCGAAAGGUUUUCCGCAAGAUGGCGAAAAACUACAGCCGCAUGAAGGAACUUCACUCGAUCAACCGAGCCCUCAGCUAUGUGAACUCGGUUGUAGACAUGAAGUUCUGUGCCAGUCGCGAAAUUGACGUGCUAGCCAUGAAGCGGGUCGUGCAAGUCCUAGGUGAAACUAUCCGAAGUAGUAGAGAUAUGCCCAACAUUGGCCGCCAUUUGACUAGCUUUCUCAGCAUUUUGAUUCCGAGGUACUUUCUGAGCGAUACCAAGGUACGUCACUAUCUGUCGCACUGCCGUAGAGAUUUCUCCUCCUUGCUGGAAACAAUGGACGAAGAGGUCGACUACGCCGAGCUGCAUCGUAAUCUUAAAAUUUUGAGAAAUCUUCUCUUGUACAUACAAAACUUGGGCUACAUAUUAGCGAUCAAAACCCUAAUGAACCGUCUGUAUGAUAGUAAAUGUUUAGAGGAAAUCAAAUCGUACUACGCUUACAUUUUCCGCAACAACUCGACGGAUCUUCUAAAAGAUUUAGAAUUCGCACCGUUCCUACUGCUGGAAAUUGACACCAUCGUAGACUCGAUUGCACAGCAUCUGCCCACCACCAAGCUAAGCGAUCGUUUCGAAAAGAUCAAACUCAGCAUCAGAAAGGAAAUUGACAGCUACAAAUCUCUUCACAAUCAUUUCACCAACGCAAUCCUACUGUUUGACUGUAUCGUAUCCAAAAUCAAAUCCAAUCACAAUCAUGAUAAAAUCAAACACCUCUUUCGAUCACAUCUGCGAGUUUUCCAACUCGACCGGAAAAUCAAUACCCUCUUCCUUAACCGACUCAAAACCAACCUUCUAACAUUUCUACAAGAAGAUCUUCCGUCAAUUAACGACGAUCAGGUUGAAUCCCGAAUAAUUCUUCUCGUGACUCGAAUUCGGCACGCCAUUGAUACACACCAAACUAACCUCCUCAAACCUGCAACAGAAAAUUCCAGAAUCUCCUUCUUUCCCUCAGUAGAUGACAUCACGGAUCUAGUCAGUCGACUCGAAAAACGUACAGGUCGAUCAUUAACCACACUAGCUCAAGAUCCACUAUUUCAAAAAGCGAAAGAUUACCCCGAAAAACGGUACGACCUUCUCCGUCAGUGUCUGCAAAAGCACAAAAUUGCCAUAGAUUCAAUAAUCCUACAAGAUCUCAAGCAGGAAGACCAAAAACUGAUCGACGCAAAGAUAUCCCAAAUGCAAGCACUAUUUAUGGACCAAAACAUGAACCUGCGAGCUUUCGAUCAAACAGAGGAGAUCGCGUUCGAGAUGCUGAUGCUCGAAGCGACCUGGGCACUGUCUUCAAAGUUGCUGAACAAUGCCGAAAGCAUAUCUGGCUACGUCCCCGUCCUAACCGGGCGUAACAUGAGAAACUAUCUGGCCCAUGGAGGACUAACGUACGAAGUGCUCAUCCCCAAUACCAGCUCGAAAACGAUUCUUCAAAACGCGCUCAGCGUUAUGAAACUCUCGAAGAACAUCAUCUCCGAGAUCUACGAGCGCCACAGCUGGAGCUUUGCAGAUCGCUUGGAGUGUCUUCAACGUCAGAGCAAUACGCUGGAGGGGUUUCGGAUACAAAGCUGCGUUGAAAUACUGGACACCAUAAAGGCGGAGCAAUACUUGAUCGGACAGGAUCAUCUGCACCGGGGAGUUGUCGAUCGGCUGGUGCAAACGCAGAGUUGCCUACUGUUGGGACACUUGCUCGACCUGCGCAAUGUUGACGAGCUGCUGAAGAUUCUAUCUCAUCUCAUGGAGGACGUUAAAGUCAUUCCCUGCACCGUCAAGUUCCACGAUCUGCUGACGAACCUGACCGCGAGAAUACGCUUUUGCUUCAACCUUGCCUUGCUCACCAACGAAGAGGACGUACUGCUGAAAAUUGCGUCCGACUUUGGUUACGACCAGAUCGAAGCGAUCCCGAUGAUCUUCACGUUCGACAAGCUUUUCACAAGCUUCCUGGAGAAUCACCCGGAUUACGACGUAAAUGCCGAAUCGAACGCAGAAGUCCUACAUUACGCGGUACUGUCGGGUAAUGUCGAGCUGCUGAACCUGCUGCUGGAUCAAUGCGAAGAUCUGAACCAACAGGACGCCUACAGCCAAACCCCGCUCGAUGUGGCAUGUAAGCUAAGUAACGUAGACAUGAUCAAAUCGCUUACCAACGCCGGUGCGAAAUGGUACUCGAAAAAUGCCAGUCAGUACACGUGGCUGUUUCUGAACAAUGAUCACGAAGCUAUCAUAUUUUUAAAGAACAAUGAUUUGCUUGACGAGAAAAUAGCAAUGAGUUGUAUCACUCUGUUUCUGCAGUACUGUGAAGACGAUAAGGAAGAAAUGGUGGAAUUUAUGCUAAAUUAUGUAGAAUACACAGUUCUUUACCCUUUAGCUGCGCGGCAUCGAAGGCUUCACGCACUGAAUUACAUGAUCGCGAAUGAUCCAAGAGUAAAAAUCAACAUUAAUCGGAAAGAUUCGUUUGGCCAAACAGCGCUACAGAUAUCUUGUCACAGGGGGUACCGGGAGAUUGUUGGGCUUUUGCUGAAUCACAGCGGUAAUCCAAAUCUACAGGACGUGGCAGGAAACACUUGCCUUCACUUAGCAGUUGAAAAUGGUGAUAGCAAGAUUGUUCGUUUGCUGUUAAAGCAUCACGUGAAAGUUGAGACAAAAAAUCUGCUGGGUAAAACUUCGCUGGAUCUUGCCGUCGAGUUGGGAAAUAUUAGAAUAGUCCGAAUGCUUCUAAAACACAAACGAUCGCUGAAAGCUGUCCAGAUUCCGGAGUUUCUGCACUCCUUGGAGAUUCUGUAUCUGCUGAAAAAGGCAAAUUUACAGUACAAAUUAGAAGCUGAAGACUGUUUGACACCACUGCACAUUGCCAGCGAUGAAGGACGAAUACGAGUCCUGUUGAACUUCUUUGAAGUUGAUACGCAAACUUCCAAGUAUUUAGACACUCCUCUGCAUAUAGCCUGUCUAACCAAUCAGACCAACGCGGUGCGUGUUUUGUUGAAGUAUGGAGCCAACCACAAUCUGCUGAAUUCCAACGGCGUAUCGCCGCUUCAUUUCGCUGUGAUCAAUCGAAACACAGAUAUGGUCCGAAUACUCGCCUGUCACAGUAAUCUGCUCGAUCCGGGUCACGUCAAUUCAGCUAUGGUAAUCUCAAUUCAAAAAGGAUAUCUGGAAAUUGCCAAUAUCCUCCUGAACUGUGGGGCAGAUAUAUCAUUAAUUGCUGAAUCAAUAGCUCCACAACAAUAUUUGCUUCAUGCUGCUGCACGCUCAGGUUUCGUAAGCAUUCUACGAUACCUGCUGCAAGGGCAUACCUUGAACGUCAACGGGCCAGAUUCGACCGGAUCUACCCCACUCUUCCACGCGGUGACCAGCGCAGACAUUCAAACAGUCGAACUCCUUCUACAGCACGGUGCUGACGUUGAACACACGAACAAGUCAGGUCAAAACGUAAUUUCUACGGCAGCGAUGUUCGAUCGACUGGACAUCAUUCGCUACCUGAUCAACAACUUCCCAAACAUAACCCCGUUCAUCCUAGCUCCGUACGUAGCACAGAACCGUUGCCUACACAUAGCGGUUCUGAAGGGAUCCCUCGAGAUGGUACACUAUUUUAUCAAACUGCACAAAGACAACAACUUCCAUCUGAACUAUCGCAACCAGGAAGGCUUCACGGCGCUUCACAUCAGUGCCCAAACCGGAAACGUACGGAUAUUCCAACUCCUGCUGGACAGCGGUGCCGAUCCGAGCAUCCCCCUCAUCAAUAAACAGUCGAUUCUGCACACGGCAGUCUCGAACAACAAUCUCGCCAUCGCUCGGAUCUUGCUUACGCGAGCGUUGAUCGACGUGAAUGCGCUGGACGAUGACCGGCGAACGAUUCUGCACUAUUCCGUGUACUCGCGCAAUCCCAGCUCCGUACGAGAGCUGCUCAAGAUCCGGGUCCUGCACAUCAACGGCCAAGAUCGGGUGGGCAAUAGUGCGUUGCACUUGGCCGCAGAGCAUCAGUACGUUGAUAUUUACAACUUGUUGCAGAAGCGAAUCGAUAACGGUCUGAUAAAUCAGGACGGGAAACGUGCAAUCGACAUCUUGCUGAGAAAGUAGGAACUCUGAAUCGAUGUCUUAAAAAUGCUGUUGUAUUUAAUCCAUCUUACAGGUAGAGUAGAAAUGUGGUUCUUGCAACCAAGUGUCGUCGUGUGAUUUCGUGUACAUUUGAUAACAAAACAAAAAAUAGAUUUAAUUAAGAAAUAUUAACCAGUAGUUUAAAAGAUUUUAUCCGUAACAUCUGCUACAGCAUUUGAAGGCUGAUAUGUUACACCUAACAAAAGUUAAGAUUAGUGGAAAGAAUGGUGCGAUCUGUACAGAAAAUGUUUUAUUCAUGUUUAAAACUGGAUAAAGAAGUCAUAAAUAUCCAAAACAAUCAAUGUCCAAUUACAAUCAAUCAUUUGGUGACUAAUUUGAUUACAAUGUUUGAAAAUCAGACAAAAUUAAUUCCGAUAUUUAACAUAAUCAAACCUCGCAUAAAAAUUUCGUAAACUCAACACGUUGAAAUGAAAAUUGCACUUAAAUAGUGCUUAUAACCAAGGGUGUCAAUCGCAAAAACAAGUGCUAGUGUUAAUAUAUUUAAAGAAAAAUGUAUACUUUGAAAAAGAUGAAUAAAUCUUCGAUUUCCAAAUAUUGCCAGUUUCUCAAAUAUGCCCGCAGUCCUUCAACUCACUGGAAGGAGCGACAUCUGCCACUCGAUAAGGCGCAAUAGUAUAUAAGACAAACAAUAGCUAUUCAUAUGGGUGUAUUCACAGGAAAUAAUACACACACAUAUAAAUAGAACCGGAAGCAUUAUAACAUUACACAUACAAUAAUAAACCAAUUUUUAACGGGCAAAUACAAACAAUUGGAAAAUCGUGCAACACUACAAACCUAAGUUAAACAUUUUAGUUCAAAAUUACCGACAGAUGAACCAAACAUGGUCCGAAGUUUCCGCAACUUCGGAGCAUGAUAAGAUAACUGCAAAACUGAAACUACCAUAAGUUUACAAGUACAACAUUUUCGUUACUCAAAACUGCAAUAAACAAAUAUAUGUAAACUCAACAGAUUUAUAUAUAACCACAAUACAACCACACAGAUAAAAAACUUAUAUUGAAUGGCAGAUGCCGCGCGCGCGGUUCACAACAUUAAAUGUCCAAUAAAAGCACAGUUGCGCAACUUCAAAACAGCUUACAAGAAGUUUGGUGUCUUGAGCGGACACCAUCCGGCUUGCUGGAGAAAAUCGUCAAAAUGAAAUAAAAGUCUACGAACAACAUAAAGUAUCUCAACCAUCAAAGUGGAAUGCUAGUCAAACAAAGAACUAUUACAAAAAAAACAUAAAAAACCAUAUUGUUUACGUUCUCAAAUUCGAUUAUAGUUGAUGGCAUAAUAGCUGAUAACCCUUCAAUGCCGUCAACGUUAAACGAUCAGCCAUUACGUCUUUAGGAAUACUUGUAUGUUACUACCAUAUUGAAUGUGUAACCCUAUUCUGGCAGAAAAAAGUUUAUAAAUAAUCAUAAAAAUAAAUUUAGUUCAUCAAUUCUCGGUUUUACAGUUUCAAAAAAAAUAUCUUGAUUAAUUUGUUUGAAAUUUCUUGAUUAGGGUUACAAAUUCAACUAUAUCUAGUUUAUAAUACUACAAAUACAAACGAAAAUCAGCACAAACCUGCAACAUACUGCGAAAGAAUCCCAUGGAAACAAAAACUGAACUAAAAGAAGAACUAAGAUGUAUUACCAUAGCAGCAAAAAAGAAAAGAUAAAUCGCAGCAAAAGAAGAAACAUAUAUGUAACUUAGAUGCAAGUUUCUUGAACGGUAGGUCAGUCAAAGAUUGUACUAACAAUAUAGAAGAAAGUAUUGCAUUGCUACAUACUAAUGAUCGAAACAACACAGAAACAUAACAAAUAAUUCACAUACUUGUUAUACACAUUUUCGUUACUAAUGCAUGUUUGUGUAAUCAAUUAAAAAAUACAAAACAAAAAUUGAACAAAUAAAAUUCCAAACUAAAAACCAAUAAAUUACUCAUCUCAUGGAAUAAAUUAGACGAUGUUGAAAUUUUAGACCAUCAAGUAACACGUUUAGAUAAGGAUAAUCGUUUGGAAUACUGUCCGGGAGAAAAAGAAAUUGAUGGAAUUUCGGAAAUAAAGAUGCAGUUUAAUUUUUUCAUCUCACAGUGAGUAUUAUAAA